AUGUCUGGUCCCGGCCCCGGACCCGGUUCCGCCCCGGGUGACCGGUUCUACCAAAGAGGAAGCAACAACAACAGCAACACCAAUUAUCCAAGCCACCCAACCUACCCGAACUACCCCAACAGCAGCCUCAACAGCAUCCAUAGCAACAACACCAGCCUCUACCCGCAGCCCCUCAACCUCAAUGCCAUCCCCGCGCGCAAACCCGUCGGCGGGAUCGCCAUGACCAUUCGAAGCGGCAGUAGCAGCAUCCAUACCAACAACAGUGGCGCGGCCUACCACCAUGUCUCCCCGCCCGAAUCGACCUAUUCAGGCCGCCCGGGACGCGCCAACAGCACUAGCCAGAGCCAGAGCCGUGUUCCACAUCGCAUGGGCACGUUUAGCAGCGGGGGACGGUUUACGGUGUCACCCGCCAGCUCAAUACAUGAGGAUCAUGACGACGACGAUGAUGAUGCGGGAAGAGGGGGGUUUUUGCCGUCUCCAACACGGCAUCACAUGCAAGGAAUGCAUUGGAGAGGGAGUAGUGCUGGUAGUGGCAAUGGUAGGGGGGUUGGUGUGCGGCACGGGCGACAGGGGCAAGGGCAAGGGCAAAUACCGGGGCCAGUACCGUCUGCUCUGGUACCAGGGCCGGGGCUCAUUCAGCCGACGACAGUUAUACCAUCCGGACGCCCCGGACCCGAACCUCAACCUCAAUCCGGGCCCGGACUCGGACCGGGACCGGGACCGGCGCUCGUAAGCGGGAACACGGCCAACGCCAUAACGGGCUCAAUAUGGCAAUCACAGCCCGACGAGACGGACAUCCCCCACCCCGCGCCAGCGCAAUGGCGAGGCAGCCGUGAUCUGCAAGAACUCAACGAUGCGCGCGCGCGAGAGACAGAGUCCGGCCGAUGGCCCGUUCGGACAUCCUAUGGCCCGGCGCCCCCAACCGCGACGACAACCACAACCGCAGCCGCAGUCGCCGCAGCCCUACCUCCGCUACCGCCCUCAGCAACCGCAUCCGUAACCUCCCCUUGGCAACAACAAACACCUAGGAACGAAUCCCAAAUCGAUCCAAUCAUCCCCAUGGGCAUAUCCGCAACCGACACCUUCCCCCCUAUCCCCGCAGGUUUCCCGGACCGAGGCGAAGCACGGCGUUCUUGGGAUCGACAGCGCAAACAGCGGAAAGCGAAAAGAGCUCAGGCACAAGCACAAACUCACACCAUGGCGGUGGUGGCCGCGGUGCUCAAAGCCUACGACGGCCGAGGGCUGGCCGACUGGCCGCUCACCGUGUCGCUCAACACGGUGAUAGCUUUCCUGGUCGCCAUCUGCGAGGUCGCGUUGGCCGUGCCUCUCACCGAAGGGCUGUCACAGCUGAAGUGGAACUCGUUCGCCCGAGGCGAGCGGCCGUUGGCUGAUUUUGGUGUGUUUGAGGACGCGAAACGUGGGCCAGUUGGGAGUGCCAUGUUGCUUUGUAGGAGAAAGGGAAGGUGUGUGAAAUACCCUUCUCCCCUUUUCCCUUAUUUACCUACCCUUGGUGUUGUAAUAUUGUGCGCCCGCGGGCGGGCGCGUGUGUGUGUGACAACUUCUGACUCGACGCCCACCUACCUACCAGAGACCCUUGACGCCCGAGAGAAGCGAGCAAUCCAGUCAGGUAUCUACCACGCGGUUGACACCGAAGUCCCACCUUUGCAGCCGUUGUGCAGCUCGGGUGACUGCCAAUGGGCGAGUUUCAGCUCGCUGGCCGUGUGUGCCGCGGUCGCCGACGUAUCCGACAGACUCGCCGUAUCCCACCAGACCGAGGCGAGGAGCCUGGGCGUGUCGCUAGGAAAGGCAAACAACAGCCCCAUUCAUGCGGCCCGCCUCCCGAACGACCUGUUUCUGGUUGGCAGCCACAGUAGUUGCAACCUGAAUAUCUCCUGGCCGGCCUCCGCUUCGUCCUUGAAGGGUAUCAGGGACAACACAGGCAGUGCCGGCGGGGGUACCUUCCUUCCUGUGAAGACCAGCCUCGCGUUCCCAGACCAGGAUGCCAAACUGUCGAGCGCCAUCGCAAAUUUCUUUGUCGUAUACACCAACCAGACUGCUGCGUCCACCCCGGCCUUGCAGACAACGGCGUUUGGUGCUGCAGAGGUCCUCCUCCACUUCUGUGUCAACACCUACGAGGCCUCAACUUCCAGGGGGGUGUCUACGAGCAAAGUGGUCCACUCGUCGGCUCUCGCGGCAGAAGAUGUGUCGGGAAGCUCACCCGUCAGCGCCAGAGAUACGUCUUCGGACGUUGAUCGUGUCGUUUUACGGUCAGCCAGCACCUCAACGACGUACUCUGUAAACCGGGAAGAUGUCAGGCUACUCAACGCCUAUAUCAAGUCCCUGUUUUCGGGGGUAUAUUCGCAGCAGCAUGGGAAAGCGAUUGGUGGCGAAAGCGCCACGAGUGAGGCGCUGGGCCUCGCCAUGUUCCGGCGUGGAACUACAAUGAACGAUCUUUCCCCAAUACGUGCCAUGGGCUCAGCCUCCGAAAGCGGCGCCGUUUUUACAACGGAGAGCUACGUCCACAUUCAGUGGGCCUGGCUGACGUUCCUCGCCAUUCAGGUAGCCCUUGGGGUCAGUUUUCUGCUGGGCAUAAUGGUCCAGACAGCUGUCUGGAAUGUCAAGAUCCUCAAGGGAUCAUCCACAGCCGCGUUGUUUGCUAUUCCCGCGGAUAAAAAAGCAUACCUAGAGGAACACGAAAACAUGUCCCUUGAUAUGGACUGGGGGAGUAGAGGGUCUCAAAAAUUGAAGACCAUCACCUGCAGGUUUCGCCCACAAGAAAGGGGUUGGAGCUUGGAGGCGGACAAGAGGGAGGAUGGGUAG